AGAUGCGUCAUUACCGGGUAGUCUCGUGCGCGCCUACGCUUUUUCGAAGGUUGUGCUCAGGGAAGUCGACCAGUCCGACUCCGAUAAUGCUAUUUACGCCGAGACGGAUUACUGGUUUCACCUUCCAACGUUUCGCGAAUUAUUCACCUACCGUAUCCGAUUCACCGUCGUCUUCACAAGAUGACAUGAUACCUGGUGUAAGCAUGUUGAAGCGGAUUGUCAGUGAUCUUGAAGCGACUGGGAUAAAGUUUAUCUUGCCCACGUCAGAUCCUGAGGCGAUGCAGAGUUUGGCACAACCAUUAAAAUCUCUUGGAGCCGUUGGUGUAAAGCCUGAGUUUCUAGUGGAUGCUUGCGUAAAAAACCCCAGCUUGCUCCGUAAUCUCACCACGAAGGGAGAGGAAGCGUGGCAGAUAGUCAACAUGCUCGUGGAAUCAUGUGGGAUGACUUAUGAAGAUGCAUUACGAAUGUUUGCUGGGUACGGUGACGAUCUGCUUGCUUGCUCUUCCCAAGGAGUGCAGUCACGAGCCGAUGUGCUCAUCACAUGUGGAGUAAAAGCUGGUCGAGGUGUUGGACGUGUUGUUCGAAAAUGUCCGGCCAUAUUAUUUGCUCGAGAUCCUUCAGAGAUGAGCAAAGUGGCUGAAGCAUUGGGUGGAUUUUUCUCGAGAAAGGAGAUGACCGCCAUUGUGCAAAAUGUUCCUGAAGUUUUACUCAAGAAUAUCGAAGAGCUUGAAGAGAAAUACGAGUACAUCUUCUUUCAGAUGUGCAUCGAAGGAGAAGAAUUCAAAGAGUGUAAAAACUGGCCUAUUAUGAAUUUGGAAGAGAUAAUGACACGACAUGAAUUCUUAUUAAAGACGGGAAAGUAUAUGACACCCGAUCCGAAACAUCCUCAGAAGAAAAUGGGAAAUCCUCGGUUACAUCAGAUUCUGGACUCAAACGAUGAUCAUUUUGCGACACAGGUUGCCGGUGUGACAAAAGAGGAAUGGGCAAUUUAUCGUGCAUUUGCUGAGAAAAUUUCCAAGCGUUCGGAUAAGGAACGCCCAUAUGAGAGAGUGAAACCAUCGUUGAGAAAAGCCUAUGAGCGACGGAGGAAAGAGGCAAAACCCACGGAAGAUUAUGUUUUUGACGUAUCGGCGUCGACGGUUAUACCGUUGACAGUCAUUAUACGAGGUCUUGGCAGCGCUAAAUAUGACAAGUACAGUUUCGGUCUCACUUCGAUGCAUCACAACUUAUAUCCAUACAAUGAGGCCAAUAACAACACUGUCAAUGACAAUGUCGUAGAGUCUCUCUACUCCACUCUUUCCCCCAACCAUCUGCCCCUACAAGAGGGUGUAGCCUCACAAGGCGCCACUAUGACUAUGGGGAAUCCACCACCUCCUGGAGUGAUAUCACCAUUAGAGCGUGCGAUGUCUAUAGAUGAACAUCUACAGUCGAUGCCGAUGCCAGCGGACUGGAACGAACAGUAUCGGUCGCAGGAGGAAGUUGACAUGCUUAGCAUGGGUUCGGCAAAUCGUUCAUUACUACAUGCAUCUGGACUUCCAUGUCAGCUACGAAAUGUGAUCGUUUCGAGAUGUGACGGAAAGAUCCCAUCAUCGAGUGAUGCCUCAUCAUCCUCUUGUUCUCCAUCGUCCACGGAGAAUAUGCAUCAGCAGCAGCAGCAGCAGCCUAUGAAAGCCGGCGAAACGACGAUCGAUUCGGCCGUAGCAUCCAUCCUGAAUCAGGCGUUGAAGCCAGAGCCGUCAGAUGGCGAGUUUCCAACGGAUUCCAAUGGCUCGUCGGCUCAUCGAAUGCCCAUGCAACCGAUGCCGCUUCCCAUAGGUGCUAGCUAUGGUGGCCGAUGUUCGGACAAUAGUGGUACGAGUGGAGCGAUGAGUAAUACAUCUGGCUCGAGCACUCCAACCACAUCAAGAAGAUCACGCUCCAGUCAUGAUGGAAUGCUCAAGUGCCAAUUUUGUCCGAAAAAAUGGGCUGACCAGAAUGCGUUGCACACUCACAUGGCAGAUUGCCGUUUGGCACGUGGCCAUGAAUGCUCACAAUGUGGAAAGCGAUUUAAGGCACGAGGAGGGCUUCAACAACAUCUACGAAUACAUUCGAAUGAUCGACCCUAUGCUUGCCAUUUCUGUGCGAAACGAUUUACCCAAAAAAGUCAUGUGGAUCAGCAUGAGAGGAUUCAUACUGGAUCCAAGCCAUUUUCAUGCCAAUUCUGUGGGAGAGCUUUUCGUCAAAGAUCACAACAGCUUGGACAUGAGGCCACACAUUCGAAUCUGCUGAACUCUGCUGUUCCACUCGUAGCACCCCAACCUAACGCCCAACUGCAACAUCUCCCAAGUAGCAGUUCACAACAGCAACAUAGUCAACCACAACAGCAGGAUCUGUUGAGAAAUGAUUUACAAACCACAAACGGACUUUUGCACGAUCUUCAAACGUCCACACUGCCAACCGGGAACCAGCUGAAUCUCCUGGCAUUGGGCCAAACUCCCACCCCCAACACCGCCACUCCUUCAUGUACAAACAAUGCGGUGUCAUCGUUAUUGGCUCUAAGCCAGAAUCAGCCCACGAAUCCCGCUUCAUCUGCCCCCUCCCAAUCGUCUCACUUCCCCACAUCUAAUCAUUUACAUCAAGCAGCUGUAGGACUGCUUAACUCGCUACAAUAGCUAGCUUACAAGUAGGCAACAAUUCAAGUCAUACUAUUCUCUGCCAUCUCAGCUCCCGUCCCGCCCUCUUCCCCUCCCCACUAUCCGGUGUUUUCUCCUCAGGACCCACACAUUUGUGUGGCGUUGUCAUUGACGUAGGUGACCUGUACAGGUACAAAAGAAACAAUUACGCUUAUUAGUAACAAUUUAAUCGUUUCAUAUUUUGGAUUCGGCUACUACGGACAUUUGUUUCGAUUUUUAACUUCUCAAACAAGCAGUUUAUUUUCGGAAGCAUGCAAUCUCGUCCCAGUUCCUCCCAGUAACUAUUGUAACGUUUUCUGUACCCUAUAUUUUUGAGUACAGUCAUGUCCAAUUACGCGUAUUUUGUCCGAGUUUAGCCAAUACCCCUGUGUGUAGCUUUGUAGCCCCGGUUAUGAUUUUUUUUACUAUUUUCUAUGCAAAAUUGUAGGCGCCUGUUUUUUCCCCUACUCUUUCACAUUUUGUACGGUCCCCUCUUGUAAGUAUUAACUAAAUACGUGGAAGUGAGAACAACGUGCAAGUUAAUGUUUUUUAGAAAAUAAUUGUAAACGCCCAAGGCAUUUCUUUUUUUGUAUUUUAUAUAUGUUUUUCUCUCAUCUUCGAUCAGUUUUUUGUAGGAGCGAUUUAUUCUUUCGUUUCGCCCCUGCUGCUAGUGCACACAUGUAGCUUUAGCCUGCAAAGUUAUUCUCUUGGAACAUGGUGCUUUUGUUGGUAGAUUGAGAACUCGUACGAAUCGAAUUUUAUGUUGCCCCAAUUCUUUCUCUCCAAAUUUGUUCAUGUGUUCCACG